AUAACAAAGAUUUUAAUAAAUGAAGGCUGAACAAUAACAAAAGGGGGCAACCAAAACUGUAAAGAAAGUGAAGGUUAAUUAGAAAGCACCAGUUAGGUAUAUUAGAAUAUUUGAAAAAGAUUGUGGGUUAAGGCUAUAUUCACAGGUUUUAGAAGAUCUAAAGUGUAAUAAAACGAGAAUUAGGCAUUGUUAAAGAUUUAACAUGUAGAUGAUGUAUCAUCAAGCAGAUUCUAUUGGGGCAAAAGAGUAGCAUAUAUUUACAAGGCUCACUCUCUAAAAAACAAUACAAAAUUCAGAGUAAUUGAUUUUCUUUUGAGUAUAGACAAUAUGGGGUAGAAUCAGUAGAUCUCAUGGAUCAAAUGGAAUAGUGAUUGCUCGUUUUAAUAGAAAUCUACCACCAAGAGCCAUUGGAUCAACUUUAAGAGUAUUCCUUUAUCCAAACAGAGUUUGAUCCAUUAUAUUAAUAUGUACAUUUAUUUCCAGAA